CUAGGCGAGGCUACCCUGCUUCUGCACGCUUGAUACGAAAACAUCCUCAAUAUGCGUUCCUUCAACGUAUCACAGGCCUGUUGGUUGUUCGACUCGAAAAACUCAACUCUUUUGCUCGCGCUCGAAUCGACUCGACUGCCUCUUGACCUCAAAUGCCUCGUGAAAUAUUCGACUAUUCUUCGGAUAUCGCACCCAUAUGAUCGUUUGGACUCAAUCGCAAGUUUUUGACCUCGAGGAAUGAAUUAACAAGUGACCUGCGUUUCCAGUCUCGUACAUAUAGACUGUUUCUACGCUUCGUAACAACUAGAACUCUUUUCCUCUCCGAGUGUCAGACAUGCUGAAAUCGCUUUUCUUCCUGCUGAGCCUUUAUCUGUGCGUCCUGGGAUUCCAGAAUCCCAUCAAGGCCUCCGAUGGAUCUGAUCCUUUCAUGGUUUAUCACGAAGGUUACUACUACUUGACCACGACGACUUGGAAUAAUAUUCAGCUUACACGGGCUACCACCAUUGCCGGCCUCAAGGCCGCUCAACCCAAAGUCAUCUGGACAGACAGCACAUCUUCCAGAUGCUGCAACAUGUGGGCUCCGGAGAUUCAUUGGCAAGACAAGGAGGGUUCAUGGUACAUAUACUAUUCGGCCGGAUCCAGUGGUACCCUCGAUAACCAACGACUACACGUCCUCAAGGGGUCCUCAAAUAUUAUUUGGGAUUCCAAUUGGAGCUUUGCCGGCCGAAUUGUUAUUCCCAACCGUGACGUAUGGAGUAUCGAUGGUACAAUUAUGAUUCUGGAUUCCACUCGCUAUCUCGUGUAUUCCAGCUGGGAUGGAUCUGAUCAAUGUCUCUGGAUUGCGCAAAUGAACAGUGCCACUACGGUCGGCAAUGCGGUUAAGAUAUCCACACCUACUCUCCCUUGGGAGCGCGUGGACAGUAAUGUUAACGAGGGCCCCGCUGCAAUUUACCAUGGUGGACGUACCUGGAUUGUCUACUCAGCGUCAGGAUGUGCCGGGACGGGCUACAAGCUGGGAAGACUCGAACUAACGGGUUCUAAUCCACUUUCCGCGAGCUCUUGGACCAAGUACGCGAACCCGAUAUUCGUUGGUGCAAAUGGGUGAGUUCAGCAUUCGAUAGAAAUCAGAUGACUAAAAGAAGACUAGGAAUAACGAGCCCGGCCAUAAUGGAUUUUUCCAGAGCCCCAGCGGAAACCAGAUUUGGAACGUACGUGUCUCUCCGGUGUUUUCCUUUACGACUCGGUCAAAAAAGGUCUCUUGAUUCGUUACCGACUGAACCAUUAUUACAGGUGUACCAUGCAUCGUCAUCGGUGCCUUCGACAUGCGAUGGGAAACGUUACACGAUGAUACAGCAGGUGAAUUGGAACGCUGAUGGGACACCCAAUCUGGGUAGCCCCCGACCACUUUCUGAUAACAUGCCGGAGCCUGUCUAAGACCGUCCAACUGCGAUCCGAACUCUUUUACUCCAUCAUAUCAAUCUUGUAGCACUGGAACGAAGACCAGAAUAUUAUCAUCGAUAGGUAGCUGGUUAGAAUUGGAAGAUCAUACUCGUCUUAGGUAGAACCCGCCACGCAUUGAAAA